AUGGAAACUUUGAAUCUCAAACCUUUCUCCAUCAUGCCAACUCGUACGUACUCUCAACGGUUUUUGUGGACAUCGAAAAGUACGCGUGUGGCUGCAUGCAAUGGUGCAUUGAAACCCUCAAUCUCGAACGAGCGGGUGUCGUCAUCGUCGGUGGUGGUACGGGCAGCGGAGAGCGGGGUUUUGGCCCCGCCCAACGGUAAAAGCGACGAGAUUGAUGUGAAGAGUUUGGUUCCUUAUGGGGGAUUGGUAGAUAUGGAUGAGGAUGGAGGAAUUGGCAUUGUCAAAUUCCUUAGAGGAAAAGUGUUUUUCAUUACUGGUGCCACUGGAUUUCUAGCAAAAGUUCUUAUAGAGAAGAUGUUGAGGACAGCACCAGAUGUGGGUAAAAUAUUUGUUUUGAUUAAGGCCAAAGAUGAAGAAGCUGCAGCAGAGAGGUUGAAAAAUGAUAUUAUAAAUGCAGAACUUUUCAAAUGUCUAAGACAAAGUCAUGGGAAAUACUACAUGUCGUUUAUGAUGAGCAAGUUGAUUCCUGUGGCGGGGAAUGUGUGUGAAUCAGAUGUGGGACUACAUGUCGACUUUGCUCAUUUGAUUGCAAAUGAAGUCGAUGUUAUUGUCAACUCUGCUGCCAAUACAACUUUUGAUGAAAGAUAUGAUGUUGCCAUUGACAUUAACACAAAGGGACCAUCCAACCUCAUGGGAUUUGCUAAAAAAUGCUCAAAACUAAAGCUCUUCUUGCAAGUUUCAACAGCAUAUGUGAAUGGACAAAGGCAAGGGAGAAUAAUGGAAAGGCCAUUUUGCAACGAGGCUUUGGAUGUUGAGAGUGAAAUCAAGUUGGCUUUUGAUACCAAACAGGCUUUUCAAGAUAAUGCCAUCACCCAAAACAUGAAAGAAUUGGGCCUUCAAAGAGCCAAAAGAUUUGGAUGGCAAGACACAUAUGUAUUUACGAAGGCAAUGGGAGAAAUGGUAAUUGACCAAAUGAGAGGAGAGGUACCUGUUGCUAUAAUCAGACCAAGUGUCAUUGAAAGUACUUUCAAAGACCCAUUCCCUGGUUGGAUGGAAGGAAAUAGGAUGAUGGAUCCUAUAGUUUUGUACUAUGGAAAAGGGCAACUCACUGGUUUUUUUGUGGAUCCUAAUGGGGUCAUUGAUGUUGUGCCAGCAGACAUGGUAGUAAAUGCGACAUUAGCGGCAAUGGCAAGGCAUGGAAGAGCUCCACGGCCAAGCAUGAACAUCUACCAUGUUGCUUCCUCCGUUGUUAAUCCAUUAGUCUUUCAUCAUCUCGCCACCCUCCUCCACCAGCACUACGAUUCUUCGCCUUGUCUCGACGUCGACGGUACCCCCAUCCGUGUCCCCUCCAUGAAGCUCUUCAACUCCGUUGACGACUUCUCCGACCACCUCUGGCGGGACGCUGCCCGACGUUGUGCCUUGACGACGCCCGACGGGAAACUCUCUAAGAAGCUUGAAGCUAUUUGCAGAAAGACUGUUGAGCAACUUAAGUACUUGGCUCAUAUUUACCAGCCCUAUACCUUCUUCAAUGGAAGGUUUGACAACAGCAAUGCUCAAGGGUUGAUGGAAAUUAUGAGCGAAGAAGAGAAAAGGGAGUUUGGGUUUGACGUGGAGAGCAUUGAUUGGACGGAUUACAUUACUAAUGUCCAUAUUCCUGGAUUAAGGAGGCAUGUUAUGAAGGGCAAAAGAGGAAUUAAUUAAUGUCUACCUAAACUAAAUAUUCCCCCAAAUUGGCUAAGAAAAAUUAAUAACCUGUAAUAAGAAUAAUGUCUAUUUGGGUUCUCUUUUUUUCUUUUUUCAUUAACUAAUUCCAAAAAGUUGU